AUGAAGAACCACACAGAGGUGACUGAAUUCAUCCUGCUGGGAAUUCCACAGACCCAGGGAAUGGAGACAGUGCUCUUUCUCCUUUUCCUGUUCAUUUACCUCUUCACCUUGAUUGGAAAUUUACUCAUCUUGACAGCAAUUGUUUACUCCUGUGACCUUCACACCCCCAUGUACUUCUUCUUGGGGCUGCUCUCUUUAUUUGACAUCUUCUUCCCAUCAGUGACCUGUACCAAGAUGCUGUUCUAUCUCUCUGGCCAGAGCCGAACCAUUUCUUACAAGGGCUGUGCCACUCAGCUGUUCUUCUAUCACUUACUAGGAGCCACUGAAGGCUGCCUCUAUUCUGUGAUGGCCUAUGAUCGUUUUGUGGCCAUCUGCCAUCCACUACGGUACAGACUCAUCAUGAGACCUGGCGUCUGUGUGAGUUUGGUUCUAGGAGCCUGGUCACUGGGCUGUGCUCACGCCUCCAUCCUGACUGCCUUCACAUUUAGAUUGACCUACUGUGGCCCUAAUCAUGUGGAUUAUUACUUCUGUGACAUCCCUGCUGUCUUGCCCCUGGCCUGUGAUGACCCCUCACAGGCUCAGACAGUGGGUUCCACGGCAGUUAGCUUCCUGGCUCUACUGUUUUGGUUCACUAUUUGUGUUUCCUACAUAUGCAUCGGGAUUGCCAUUUUAAGAAUCCGCUCAGCAGAGGGCAGGAAGAAAGCUUUCUCUACUUGCAGUGCUCACCUCACAGCCAUAAUCUGUGCCCUUGGACCUGUUAUCAUCAUCUAUCUGCAACCUACACCCAACCCCUUGCUAGAUGCCAUAGUACAGAUAUUAAAUAACAUUGUCUCUCCCAUGCUCAACUCCUUAAUCUAUUCCUUAAGGAACAAGGAGGUUAAAAAGUCCCUGAAAAGAGUAUUUCAUAAAGUACUACUUAACCUCCCAAAAUAA